AUGCGUGACGUUAAUAUUUCAACAACAAAUGGUAUAAAUCAUAUUGAAGCAAAUAUAUCCAGUAUAUCAAAUAAUGAUGAUAUGAAUCUAUUCGAAAAUUAUAUUGAACAUUCACAGGAUGGUUAUAUAAAACCAAAAGAAAUAGAUGAACCACUUUUACGUGAAAAUCCAUCACGUUAUGUUUUAUUCCCAAUAAAAUAUCAUGAUAUAUGGAAAUUUUAUAAACGUGCAUUAGCAUCAAUAUGGACAUGUGAAGAAGUUGAUUUAGCUAAUGAUACAAAAGAUUGGUCACGUUUAACACCAGAUGAACAAUAUUUUAUUAAACAUAUCUUAGCCUUUUUUGCUGCUAGUGAUGGAAUUGUUGGUGAAAAUUUGGUAGAAAAAUUUUCAUCUGAAGUUCAAAUUCCCGAAGCACGUUGUUUCUAUGGUUUUCAAAUAGCUAUUGAAAAUAUUCAUUCAGAAAUGUAUAGUUUACUGAUUGAUACAUAUAUUAAAGAUCUACGUGAACGUGAGAUGUUAUUUAAUGCUAUAUCAACAUUACCUUAUGUAAAAAAGAAAGCCGAUUGGGCUAUACGUUGGAUGAAUGAAAAAACUCCAUUUGCUGAACGUUUAGUUGCAUUUGCUUGUGUUGAAGGAAUAUUUUUUAGUGGUUCAUUUGCAGCUAUAUUUUGGUUACGUGAACGUGGUAUUAUGCCUGGUUUGACAUUUAGUAAUGAAUUAAUAAGUCGAGAUGAAGGUUUACAUACAGAUUUUGCUUGUUUAUUAUUUCAACAUAUUGUUCAUAAACCAAGUGUUGAACGUAUUGAAGAAAUUCUUCGUGAUGCUGUAAAUAUUGAAAUUGAAUUUCUUACUGAUGCUUUACCAUGUUCAUUAAUUGGUAUGAAUGCAUCAGCUAUGGCACAAUAUAUUAAAUUUGUUGCUGAUCGACUUUUAGUUGAACUUGGUUAUUCAAAAAUUUAUCAUUGUGAUUGUCCAUUUGAUUUUAUGCAUAAUAUAUCAAUAACUGGUAAAACGAAUUUUUUUGAAAAGCGUGUUGGUGAUUAUCAACGAGCUGGUGUUAUGGCCGCUAUAACUGAACAUAAAUUAGCUCUUGAUGCUGAUUUUUAA